AUGCAACAGUCUGAUGACCUGAGGGUUGGGCGUUGUCGAGUUAGCUGCGCGCGCGUUGUCCACUCUGGCUCUGAUAAACUGCCGAGCCACCUUCCAGGUGCCGGCUUAUCACCCCUCAAGGAGCCUCCAAUUCCUCCAACUAUCAGUGCCUCGGACUCUGACACUCCCCAAACUCCUCUCCUUCCUCCAAAAUCAUCAAGUCCAGAUGCUCCCCCAACAAUCCCGCCUCUGCCAUCAGGCUCCGUCGACCCGCCGGUUCAACCCCCAUCCCCCUCCGACCCGCCAAAGACGACAAGCUCUGAAGGGCCGGGCCUUGUUACCGUAACUGGAACGGACAGUGGGGUCAUCACCUACAGUCCAACUAGGUAUACCGAGUACGAAACUGCUACCGAGACAAGGACGACUACUAGGGAUGACGGCCUCAUCAUCAUCAUCUUCCCAGGAGGUUGGUCUUGGAUCCCGUUCGGCAUCCCAGACCCGAACCCACCACCUCCUCCGCCUGGCCCCCCCACGCCCGGCCCUGACAAGCCGGAUCCUUCAACAGCCAAGUCUUCUAGAUGCACUCUCACGAAACCGCCAGAGUGUACUCGGACCGUGUCGUUCAUCUCGGUUGGGUCGGGAUACAGUUCCACCGUCUAUGGUGAAUGCUCGUACGCCACGUCUUGCGCGACAGGCGAGCAGAGCACCACAACGACUGUUGUCGACGUACAAGGCCAAGCCGACAAUGAGUUUGGCGAUCCCGAGGAAGAGUGGCCUGCCGAGUCUGGGGAUCCUGAUCAAUCGUCACUCGACUUUUUUGAGGCAUGGUACGACGAACUCGGAAUCUCGUUUGAUUCCAUUGGCAAUGUCGAGGCCGAGUGCGAGGGCGACGAAGCCCAAAUAGACUCCAUGUGCCUUGUGCGGACCGUUGUCGACUUUUGCAGCGAGGUGAACAAGGAUAAGGACAAAGAGCUCUCUAUUGAGAUCCCUAGCGGCGGCAGGGAAGAGCAGAAGAGGUCUAUCGUCCGACGGGACGUCGAGUGUGACGGAUGGGCCUUUGAGUUUGUAUGGACGGGCUCAGGCGGCGGACAGUGUCUUGACAACUGCAAUGGAGCCAUGGCCGAGAUUAUUGGACAAUGUGCCAUCAGCGACCCAUUCAGGGUCCCGGAGAAGGGCAAGAUCGACGCCGAGUGCGGCACGUACUCAUACAAGAUCAAGCCCUUUACCAAGCCUACGUCUACUUCAUCCAAGCCCGCCGAGCCCUCCAAGACGGAUGCUACGCCGGUCCCGCCGCAGGCUAGCAACUUCAAGUGCAACAACCCGGCUGACUUUAUCGGCCACAUUGACGUGAGCGAGUCGUCGGUAUGGGAUUCAGCCUGGUCUGCCUGCCACCGAGACAUUGCCCCUGCCGAGUGGGACACAGACGAGUCCAAGAAGAUAGGCAUGUUUGACCAGUGGGAGAAGGAGCACGGUGUUGGGUUUCGUUACUCCAUCUCCUGGAUCGAGGGCUGCAGAGUUUUACCCGACAACAAGCAGAAGCUCUGGCACCCGGAGGCAUUCUACCACAAGUACUCACCCGACUGCCGACUUGUUUUCUCUGACCUCUGGAAGUAUUGCAAUGAUAAUGAGGGCGUGGGAGGAGCGGUGGACUAUGGUUGUAUCCGCUAUGAGAUGAAGGCGGGAGUUUGA